CUCCAAACCGCCGGUUACGACGCCAGGUUCCCCGAGACCAACCAGACCAGGCACUGCUACCAAAACUACAUUGACUACCACAAGUGCAUCAACGCCAAGGGAGAGGAGUACGCUCCUUGCAAGCAGUUCCAGAGGGCUUACAAGUCGUUGUGCCCUAGUACGUCCAUGGCCUCUUUCUAG